UCAGGAAGCGCCGCGCACUGUGCUUUCGUGUGUGUUGUACCGGGUGUUUCGGUGCGGUGAGGAAAUUGACUUGGUUGAUUUUGUGGGGAUACUUGGUAGGGGCUGCAGGCUAACAGCAGCAGGAUUACUCAGUACUACGUCCCAGCCAGGAAGACGCGAUCAUCGUUAAAACAUGUCUCUGGCGGAUGAGCUGCUGGCUGACCUGGAGGAAGCGGCCGGGGAGGAAGACGAUAACCUAAUAGAUGAAGAUGACUUGGAAACAAUUGAAGAGGUGCAGGAGGAGAUGCAAGUGGACAUGAAUGCUGAGUCGGUAAAAAGUAUAGCCAAGCUAUGGGAUAGUAGACAGUUUUCAGAAAUAUUGGAGAAGAUAGAGGCUUAUGUCAAAAAGCAACCAAAUGCUGAAGUAAUGGGACCGGUGGAAGCUGCCCCGGAAUACAAAGUCAUAGUUGAUGCAAACAAUCUGACUGUAGAGAUUGAGAAUGAACUUAAUAUUAUUCACAAAUUUAUCCGGGACAAAUAUUCCAAGAGAUUUCCAGAGUUGGAGUCCCUGGUUCCAAAUGCUUUGGACUACAUCAGGACAGUAAAGGAGCUCGGGAACAGCCUGGACAAAUGCAAAAACAAUGAGAUUCUGCAGCAGAUCCUCACCAACGCCACUAUAAUGGUUGUGAGUGUGACCGCUUCCACCACACAAGGGCAGCAACUGACAGACGAAGAGCUGGAGCGCAUCGAGGAAGCUUGCAAUAUGGCGUUGGAGCUGAACCAGUCCAAGCACAGAAUCUAUGAGUAUGUCGAGUCACGCAUGUCAUUCAUUGCUCCAAACCUCUCCAUCAUUGUGGGGGCUUCCACCGCAGCCAAAAUAAUGGGUAUUGCCGGCGGUCUGACAAAUCUCUCUAAAAUGCCAGCCUGUAACGUCAUGCUGCUGGGGGCGCAAAGAAAGACCUUGUCUGGCUUUUCUAGUACAUCGGUGCUUCCCCAUACUGGGUAUAUCUACCAUAGCGACAUAGUACAGUCCCUGCCCUCGGACUUGCAUCGAAAGGCAGCACGACUUGUAUCUGCAAAAUGCACACUAGCGGCACGUGUUGAUAGUUUUCACGAGAGUUCGGAAGGAAAGGUUGGUUAUGACCUAAAAGAAGAGAUUGAACGUAAAUUUGACAAGUGGCAAGAACCCCCUCCGGUCAAGCAAGUGAAACCUCUGCCAGCUCCCCUUGAUGGGCAAAGAAAGAAACGUGGCGGGCGUAGGUACAGAAAAAUGAAGGAACGUCUGGGACUAACGGAGAUUCGUAAACAAGCCAACAGAAUGAGCUUUGGAGAGAUUGAAGAAGAUGCCUAUCAGGAAGAUCUGGGUUUCAGUCUAGGACAUCUUGGGAAGUCCGGAAGUGGCCGGAUACGACAGGCUCAAGUGAACGAUGCCACUAAGGCCAGAAUCUCCAAGACCUUGCAGCGCACACUCCAAAAACAGAGCAUGGUGUACGGGGGCAAGUCUACUGUCAGGGACCGGUCUUCAGGUACCGCGUCCAGCGUUGCUUUCACGCCUCUUCAGGGGUUGGAGAUCGUUAACCCUCAGGCAGCUGAGAAGAAAGUAGCAGAAGCGAACCAGAAGUACUUUUCCAGCAUGGCAGAAUUUCUCAAAGUGAAGAGCGAGAAGAGCGGCACCAUGACGCAGUGAGGCCGGCACGCGCUCGCUAGACUCGAAUCUUUGUGUUACUAGCGGGACGUCUGCUCAACCUCACCAUCCGGCACAACGAAGAGCAGAUCGGAUACCUCGAUUCUGUGUUAAAUUGGCGUGACUUGUAAACAAAGGACCCGGAAUCCAGUGUUGAACCCCUCCUGGAGUAACCGGAUUUGGAGAGGAUCGCGUGCCGCAUGCUUUUCAUAGAGACCUGGAUCCAGCAGAACACUUUGUCUUGUUUUUAAACGUUAUGGGAAGAGGAUUGUAUGAUUUAUACUUUUAUUUUGGAGAAUAUCGGAAGUACAGAAAAUGAUCAUUUAAGUGCCCCACGUGAAACUUAAUAAAAUGUCUGAUUUGUUUUUUUUU